AUGCAGCUCCAGAAUUCUAAGCGCCUUGGCAAUCAGCCCAUCACCACCAUCACCACCAACAUCAUCCCCAUCAACAACAGAAAAAAGAAACAACGUCAUCGGCCACAGCGCCUCUCGCCACAAACCCCCCCAAGAAUGGCCCACCAACCACAUCGCCGAGGCAUCGUGGCCGCCGCCCUCUUCUUCCUCAUCGCCAGCAUCUACCUCUGCGUCACACGCCUCUACAUGACCGGCACCAGCAGCACCAGCAGCACGCAGCAGCUGCACCCGAACCCGCCGCCCAAGGACAUCCACGUCCAGCUCACCGACGCCGACCUGCCCAUGACAUACGGCACCUUUCCGCGCCCCAACAUGGACGGCCUGACGCUGCUGGCCACGCUGCCCGACUCGCUGGUCCCCACGCCCUCGAACAAGCGCCGGCUCGUCAUCGUCGGCGACAUCCACGGCAUGGACGCCGCGCUCGAGGCGCUGCUGCGCAAAGUCGACUUUGACCCCUCGCGCGACCACCUCAUCGCCGCCGGCGACAUGAUCAACAAGGGGCCCGACUCGCCGGGCGUCGUCUCGCGCCUCAUGCGCCUCAACGCCAGCGCCGUGCGCGGCAACCACGAGGACCGCGUCCUGCUCGCCCUCGCCGAGGCAGAGGCCCAGACGGGCGUCAGCAAGGAGCUCGCGUCGCCCGACGCCGAGGCGCACCGCGGCGAGGCCGAGCUCCUGGCCACCGGCCGCCGGCUCGCCACGGAGCACGUCGAGUGGCUGCGCAGGCUGCCCGUCAUCCUGGCCGUCGAGCCGCUGCGCAUCCUCGUCGCACACGCGGGGCUCGUGCCGGGCGUGCGACCCGAGCUGCAGGAUCCCUGGGCCGUCAUGAACAUGCGCACGCUCGUGUAUCCCCGCGAGGAGAUGCGCAAGAAGGAGGAAGGGGGCAAGAAGAAGCAGAAGAAGAGCAAGGCGAAGCGCGAUGCGGACCAAGCCUCUCCUGAAGUAGCAGCAUCAUCAUCAUCAUCAUCACCUCCCCCUCCUUCUAGCGACCAGUCAUCAGCCAGCGCGCCAAAAGAAGAAGAAGAAGAAGAAGAAGAAGGCGAAACGCUCGAAUCGAUCCAGCAAAAAGACGCCUACGCGGACCGCCAAGUCGCCAUCCCCGUCGAGAGCCGCGACGGCGAGAAGUGGACCAGCGCGUGGAACCGCUUCCAGAAGAGACUCAAAAAGUCGCACCGCUACACCGUCGUCUACGGGCACGACUCGAAGCGCGGCCUGCGCGAGGAGCGCUACACCUUUGGCCUCGACUCGGGCUGCGUCAAGGGCAAUGCCUUGACGGCGCUCGUGGUGCAGGCCAAGGAGGGCGACGGCGGCAAGGGCGAGUGGACGCAUACUGUGAUGCAGGUCCAGUGCAAGGAUGCUGCUUGA